AUGUCGAGCUCACAAGGAGGUGGCGACUCCAAGCUGUUCGCUCGACAACUGUACUUUUGCUGUGUCCCCAUUCCAGGCAUCACACCACUAUCGGCGUGCUGCCCACCGCCGUCCCCAAUUUUCGUGGCGCAUCGUCUUCAUGUUGCCGAAAUGUUCAUGGCAUAUAUGCCUCCGGCAGAUCACCUGUACUCACGACGAAAAACUUCACAGGGCAAGGUUGCCGAGCUGCGCCUCGAGCUGAACAGCGGCGGCAAGAAGGACAAGAACAAUACAGCCAAGAAGAUCGCGCUCAAGAAGAUCGUCGCCAAUAUGACCAUGAGCAACAACGACAUGGUUGCCCUCUUCCCCGACAUCAUCGGAUGCAUGCAUAUCCAAAGCAUCGAGAUCAAGAAGAUGUGCUUCCUCUUCUUGGUAAACUACUCAAGAAUGCGCCCUGAGAUUGCGGUCAAGGCAAUUCCCGUUCUCGAGAAUGAUAUGGAAAACGCCAGUCCGCUAGUUCGCGCUCUUGCGCUGCGCACAAUGUCCUACGUUCAUGUCCGGGAGUUUGUCGAGGCCACUGUACCGUUGGUCAAGGUGCUGCUAAAGGACGCGGACCCGUACGUGCGCAAAACAGCUGCUUUUUGCGUCGCCAAGCUCUACGACCACGACAAGGCGAUGGUGGAAGGGUCAGACCUCAUCGACCGGUUGAACACGCUGCUGCGUGACGACAACCCGACCGUUGUGGCGAGUGCCCUCGCCAGUCUGAUGGACAUCUGGGAGCGAAGCGAUGCCAUCAAGCUCACUAUCGACUAUGGCAAUGCAUCCAAGAUGGUGUCUAUUCUCCCCGACUGCUCAGAAUGGGGUCAAACCUACAUUCUCGAGGCUCUGAUGUCAUACACGCCGCAGGAAUCCACCGAGGCGACGCUCCUCGCCGAACGCAUCGCCCCACGGCUCUCGCACUCAAACUCAGCUGUGGUGCUUACGUGCAUCCGCGUCAUCCUCUACCUCAUGAACUACAUUGCCGACCAGAAGCAGAUCUCGGCGCUGUGCAGGAAGCUGUCGCCGCCGCUCGUCACCCUUUUGGCUAAGGGCCCUGAGGUCCAGUACCUGGCUCUGCGCAAUGCUCUGCUCAUCCUGCAACGCCGGCCAGAGGUGCUGCGAAACGACAUCCGCGUGUUCUUCUGCAAAUACAACGACCCGAUCUACGUCAAGGUGACGAAGCUCGAGCUAAUCUUCAUGCUCGCCAGCGAGAAAAACAUUGACGAGGUGCUCACGGAGCUCCGGGAGUACGCUACCGAGAUCGACGUGCACUUUGUUCGCAAGGCCGUCCGUGCCAUCGGCAAGCUUGCUAUCAAGAUCGAGCCGGCGGCCCGCCGCUGCAUCAACCUGCUGCUCGACCUCGUCGCCACCAAGGUCACAUACAUUGUGCAGGAGGCCACCGUCGUGAUCCGCAACAUCUUCCGCAAGUACCCCAACCAGUACGAGUCCAUUAUCGGGACCCUCUGCGAGAACCUAGACUCGUUAGACGAGCCCGAGGCCAAGGCCGCGAUGGUGUGGGUCAUUGGCCAGUACGCCAGCCGGAUUGAGAACGCGGACGUGCUCUUGGAAGACUUUCUCUUCUCCUUUGCCGAGGAGCCGGUCGAGGUGCAGCUGUCCCUGCUGACGGCCACGGUGAAGCUCUUCAUCCAGCGUCCGACCAAAGGCCAGGAGCUCGUUCCGCGCGUCCUCAAGUGGGCGACCGAGGAGACCGACAACCCAGACCUGCGCGACCGGGCAUACAUGUACUGGCGUCUGCUCUCGACCGACAUGGAGGCCGCCAAACAGGUUGUCAUGGGCGAGAAGCCUUCCAUCACGGCCGAGGCCGAGCGUCUGGACCCGCAGACCCUGGAGGAGAUGUGCCUCAACGUCGGCACCCUGGCUACCGUCUACCUCAAGCCCGUGCAGACCGUCUUCCGCUCGGCCCGACCACGGCGCCUGCAGGACUCGCCUGCGCUGCAGCGGCAGCCCAGCUCGAACAAGGGCUCCGCGCUCCUUUCCAUGCUGGGCAACGGCGGCCAGCCGUCUAACAUCGACCUGCUCAGCCGCGACGUGCAGGGCCAAAAUGCCGGCGGCCAGGCCAACGGCAACGCCAUCGAGGAGGCCGACAUGUACUUUUCUCAGAUGCGCAUCCAGGAGCAGCCUGACGCGUUUGGCGGCGGCGGAUAUCUGGUCAACCAAAACGCACCGCAGUCUGUGUUUCAUCCAUCACAAGGGGUGAUGAACAACGGGGAUCUGCUGUUGUAG